CGAGUCGACAAUUUAAUAAGUUCACCGGAAAAAAAUGACGCGAUCUAAAUGGCAAAAGAUUUUGUACGAGGAUCAGGGAGUUAGUGAUAAUUAUGUUGAUGAGACAUUUUUGGAUGAACUCAAAAAAAAUCUGUAUAUCAGAUCCUAUGAUUACUGGAGGGCUGCUCAGGAGUCAGGUACAUUUACUCAACAAAUGUGCAGUGUUUGCAUUUUUGUUGUUGUCUUCAUAUACAUGGAUCAAGAAAAGCUGAGCCCCCAAGUACUUUUCAUUGUUUCUUCUCUUUUGACUCUCAUUGGUUAUUGCAUUAAAGUUAUCAUACAUGACAAACAAGAAAUUAACAAUAAAAGAACAAAAAUGGAUGAUCUGAAGACAGCUGUGAUAUUUGUAUCAUUCAGUUUAAUUCUGUGUCCAGUACUUGUAUCUUUGACACAGACCAUCAGUACAGAUACCAUUUAUUGCAUGAGUACAGUAAUGUUGCUCUCCAAUGUUCUCUUCCAUGACUAUGGUCCUUAUUCUGCUGUUGUGUCAAGUCCUUUGUCAUUGAAUGCAGCUAUCUUUGCUGCUGUUUGUUUAGCAUCAAGACUCCACACACCUUUACAUGCUUUCUCGAUUGUGACUUUUGCACUUGAAAUCUUUGCAUUGUGGCCUAUGCUUCGAAUAGAGUUAAAGAAAAGAGGUUCUAUUUGCCAAAAUACAAUGAGUGUUUUAGUUGGUGUGAUAGCCAGUGCAGCAUUGUGGUCUGUGUCACCUUUUGGAGCAACCAUUUUUAUCACUGUUCAUCUCCUGAUCAAUUUUGCAUGUCCAGCAUGGCUUUGCAGGCUUCAGUCAUCUAAGAACAAUAUUUAUGGUCCUUGGGAUGAAGCCAUCAUCAACAGCAUGGAACAUCCAAAGGUUGCUAGAAACUGAUAUCUUCACCAAAGAGUUAAGAAUUUUUUUUCAAUGUUGAUGUAUAUAUUUAAAAGCUGAAAUGUUCCAGAAGUCUGUAAGUAAUCAUAAACUAGGAAGAAUUUGAGAUUCUAUAAAAACACUUGGCUAAAGUCUCUUUGAUUGGGUGAAUGUCAUUCAUCAACUUGUAAACAUCCUUCAUCAGUAUCUGCUGCAAGGCUGAUAAUGAAAUAUCUGAGAUUAACAAUUACUUUAAGAAACCAUAUCUUUAACAUUACGAAACAAAAACUAAUUUAUUUGGUCGCUUCUUAAGGGUAAUCGUAAUCUAACCUUUUCAUUAUUGCCUCACUAGUUAUCAAGAUUCUACAAUCAAUCUAUCAAAUGAUCCUUCACUGCUCGCCACCACUGUUAAUAUCCUGAACAAUUUCCUUGAUUAAUUCAUUUAACAUCAGAAAUGAUUUUAUGUUGGUGAAAUCCUAAGUAUUAAGAGUGUGAAUUGUCUAUGUAGGUAGAGAUUAGGUUUGAUAAAUAGCAAGAUAUUGCCUCUUCCUUCUUGAAUUUAAACUUCUGAGAGGAUUUUACUUAUGCUGUCUUUAUUGCCACCUGUUUCUUGUUUGAGUGGUUCUUUAAGGACAGCAAUGAUAUGAAAUUGGUUUCUUUAUCUGAAAUGAAUCGAUAUCAAAUUGUUGGAUAACUCUUGUUUAUCAUCAGAUAACAUGAUGUAAUUCAUUCAUCCUGUUCAGGGAAAAUAAAAGCAAAGUAUAUAGAGAAUAUAUACUUUUUUUCCUUGGUAAAUAAUUAAUAAUCCAAGGCAAUAUAUUUAAUUUCAUUUACAUAUUUAUCUUUAUUUGUAAAAAGCUGUUCUGAGAUGUCAUUUCACGUCUGUGUGAAGUGUUAGACAAUCUUCUAUAUUAUGUUCAAAUAGUUGAAGAUAAAAGAAGGUUAAGUAAUAAUUGAUAACUAUUUUUGUUAAAAUUGUGUUGUGGAUAACUCAGAAAGAAGAAUAGUGGAGUAAAUUGAUAAAGCUAAAAUGUUUAGCUUAUAAUUAAAAUAAAGAGCAAUAAAUGAAUACUUGAUUGUUGCUGCUUUAGGCUUAAAAAGAGUUAGCUAGAUGUUUGUAUUAUAGGAAAACUUCUGAGAAAUUUCCAUUGCAGCCUUUUGGGAAGACAGGGAAGUUGAAUGUUCAACCAUUAUUCUCUUUUUCAUUUCAGUCAUGUGGCUCUGUCAUGCUGGUGCACCACUGUAAAGGUUCUUGACAUUCCACAUGUAUAUGCCCAAAAUGUGAGUUAAAAUAGCUGCCUUCACCAAUAAACUGAAAUGGAAAAUUUCCAGAAGUUUUCUGAGGUUCCACAGAUGAACAAGGAAAAAAGUUUGCCAGCUGUUUCUGUGUAUUGAAAUGGCAUUGUGGACUUUAUUGAUCUCAGAAAUUCUCCUGUCAACUUCAAUUUUGUUUUGUCUUCUAGCAGAGGCUUUCAGACAUCUGUGGAGAUUCAGAUUGAUACUAUUCUCUGCAUGGGAUCAUUGGUAGUUUAUCACUGAUAGUGGCCAGUCUUUUCUCAUCUGAUGUUUCUGGUGCUUCCUGUCUUUUUUGUCUUGUUCAAAUAAUUUGUAGCCCAAAUAACAGACUUUCUUCUCUUGCUCUCUAUCCUUUGCAACAGUUUUCAACUGUUUUGGCUGGAUGUCACAGAGUGUGAGGUUUCACUUCAAGAUAUCUCUGAAAUUCAGUUAUGGUCUUCCAAGAUGAUGUUUUCCUGUCACCAGUUCAGAAUUAAAUAUAAUCUUUGAAGAGUCAUCCUUUGAAUAUAUCCAAUGCAGUUGAGUUGAUGUCUAAUGAUCAUUGUUUUGAUGCUUGUAAUUUUUUGCUUGUUGUAGGAUAUUGGUGUUGGUCUUUUAUUCCUAAUUAAUACCUAGUGCUGAGAAAAGUUUUGAUGGAACUAUUCAUUAAGAAGUUGAUGUCUUGCAAGCAUAAAGAAGUGUUCUGAUAACUACUGCUUGGUAUGCAGACAAGUUGGUGUACCAAGCAGUAGUUAUAGCACACUGCUCUACACUUGCAAGGCAUAGACUUCUUAACAGACAGAUUGGUGGUAGUUUUGAGUUUGAGGCCCUCGAAAACUUUUUGAUAAAGUAUUCUAUAUGGAGUAUGGGCUGCACAUAUCCUGUUGUUGAUUUUGUCAAUGGUUGUGUUUGAAGAUUAAAAUGGAACCAAGUUAUAGAAAGCAGGAGACCUGUUUGGAUUGUUGCUGGCAGUUAUUGUGAUGUUUUGUUGUGGGUAUCUUGGAGGGAAUUGAUACAGGUUUCUAAGUCAUGCUAAUCAUUAGGCUUAAAUCACUUAUUUGUUAGAAGUAAUUUUGGUCAUGGUUGGAUUCAUAAUUAACAUCUGCAUUCUGUAUUUCUGAAAUGGUGUUCAUUGAUGGUUAUACAUCAACAAAAAUUAGCUUUGAUUGAAGUUACCUGUGUCAUACUUGCUUCUUCUACUUGUGAAAAAGUCUCAUUUUCAUUUACAACAAUCAAAUGAAUAGCACAAAUGUAUAGUGAAAAGGGGGUCAGUGCAAGUAUGUUCUGUAGCUUCACAACAGUUUUCACCUUAAAUGCUAGCCAUGUCAAUUCAUUUGAUAGCACUUAACACUUCAUGUUGUAAAAGAUAGCUAUAAUAUUGAUUGGAUGCUUUUACAUUAUUUUGAAUUAUGGCAAAAAAUUUCAAUGGAAGGCUAAGUUUCUGAAAUAUUUUCCACAGUAUUUUAUACAUAUCCUAUGGAAAGAUAUUACCAGAUCAUAAAACAAGAGCUGUAGGGGCUUGUGCUUUUUGGCUUUUUCUUGCAGUUGACACAUAGCAAAAAUUAUGUCUACAAAAUCUGCUCUGUGACUCAGAGAAAAGUUUCAAUAAUUAGGUGGCAACCUACUAAUAGGCAAGUUAAAAUAUGGAUUCUGAUUAUUAACAGAGAUAUUAUUUUUUAGUAUUAACAAUUGGCCUUUGAUUUCCAGAUACAUUUGAGAAGGCUACAUGCAGCAUUUUUUCAUUAGUGCUAUAUUUGGCAGCAGCCAAAUAUGUUUCAUGUUUUAACCAUUGCCUUAGUUGUGUUGUGAUGACAUAUAUUUCUACUGCUGCUCUACUCACCAAUAUUUAAUACUAGUAAUAAUGAUAUAGAUGGUUAUGAUAUUGGCUUUCAAUAUUAUUUUGGUAUUUUAUUCUGAUUUCAAAUCCUGCCUAUGUUAAAUUUGUUGUUUGUUUGAGUUUUGCUAAAAAUAACUACCAUUAAUAUACUGGAUUUAAUUUAAAUGAUAAUACAUCCUCUUAACCAAAAAUGACUGUUUAGUUCAAAGAAAACAAUAUUUUAACAUUAAAAACUAUCAUUCUUCUUGAUUCAUUUUGAUUUUUGUGGUGUACUAAAAGAUUCAACAAUUAGUUUUAAUUUUUUUAUAUUAUUAAUGCAUAAUAACCAAAGAUAUUUUCUGUCUGGUGCAACAGUGAAGAUUAUUCAUAAGAUUUUUAUGAUGGAAAGUUCUAACAUCACUUUUCUGUACUUCAGUAUAUGAAAAGUCAUGUUUUACUGAAAAUUCACUAUUGUUGCCUCCUAUUUUAAUUGUUCUAGAUGAGACAACUCUAGAUUUCUUAUCUCUGGAAAUUAACAAUUUUAUAAUCUGCUCUCCCUUUUGGAAAAAAAAAAUCCAUUAAGCUGGUCAACUCAUUGAAAUCCACUCAGUCUUCCAUGUAGCUGGAUGUCUUGGGUCUAGUGAGGCUGAUGAAAGUCUAUAUUGAUGUAGAAUUUGAUACUUGUACUAGUUUUUUCAGGAUUUGUCAUAUGGUUAUUGAAAUAUAUUUUUUCAGAUAACAUGUUUAUGUUAUCAAGAAUCUUUAUAAUGUGAAUGAAAUCUCAAUCUGAAGUUGUUGCUUGUAAAGCAAACAUUUCUAAAAGUUUUGGUAAAUCUGUGAUAUGUGUCAAAAGAAGUAAUGAUCUUUGUAGCUUAUUUUUCUGGGGUUUAAAAUUUUUUUUUUUAUGCUGAUUAGAUACAUCCUCAGAAAUGUGCUUAUGAGUAAGGAUUUCAAAAAAUGAAAAAAAGAAACAUAUUCAUUAAUUAUGAUGUAGAAAAAAUUACUUAGUAAACCUUGCAACUCUAUUGAGAGUUCA